GUUUUAUUUCAAGUCCAGACUUCGAAUAUUUUUCAUUGAAAAUUCAAUAUUCUUCAUUUUUCUCAGCUUCGUUCUAUGGUGCCAGUUACGUGUCUGUUCCAUUACAAGAUGCCAGUAGCGACACCGAUAUCUUCUUCCGGUUCAAAACCCUACGUGCUGACGCUCUCCUCUUCCUUGCUGCUGGACCUCCAGACUACUGCUUGGUCACUCUUCAUGGUGGUGAGAUAAAGGUCCGCAUCAAUUUAGGAUCUGGAGAAGAAGAACUAACAUCGGUUCCUGGUCUGAAGCUCAACGACCUCUUGUGGCAUGAAAUAGAAAUACAGAAGAUUGAUUCCGAACUGACGUUAAGGAUAGAUGGAAUACACACUACUUACUUAGAUAUAAAAGGACGCUUUUUCGAGUUGAAUGUUAAGUCUGGAAUCUUUAUUGGAGGACUUGGUGGUUUCGACGACUUGUUUUUGGGGAACCUUCAGAAUUUCCGUGGGUGUUUAGAUGAAUUUUUCUUUAACAACAUCGACAUCUUGCGGCUGGCAGUCGAUUCGGCAGACAGGCUCGGUGUUUAUGGUGUCACGUGGGACUGUAGUGACGAAUUUGAAGCAUCUUCUCAUCAACCCAUCAGUUUUAUUGAAGAUGAGUCUUUCGUGGCUCUUUCAGCUUUAAGUACGAGAAACGGAGGAUCGGUGUCUUUUGAUGUCAAUACCCAGUCUGAAUUAGCUGUACUGUUUUACAACUCAGGAAAUCCUUCAAAAACCGACUUUCUGGCAGUUGAAAUUAUCAGCGGUAAACUCACUUUAUCUGUUAAUGAGGGUAAUGGAGUGGUUGUGCUGACAUCAGACAAGGCUGUCAACGAUGGACUUUGGCAUCAUGUUGAUACACAGUUUAGCCCAACCUACGUGGAACUGACCGUAGAUGGAGAAAGCAAAAACAUUAGGCCCGGGCUUGGAGAAAACAGGUUCUUUGAUUUUACUGAUUACCUGUACGUGGGUGGAAUUGAACCUAAGAGGAAGGCACGUGCUCUACAACACGGCUUACAGUCUGUUCUAUUGGGAGGUGCCAAGAGUUCUCUGGCAGGGUGCUUGAAGAACAUCAAGAUCAAUAAUCAAGUGAGGGGUCACAGAGAGGUAGAGAUCAGCCGGGGCGUCCGUUCUGAUUGUGUUUGGGAAUACCCCUGUCUUCAGAAACCUUGCAUCGAGGAAGCUGUGUGUUUGCAGGAAGGUUUUGAUAACUUUCGCUGCACCUGUGACAAAUCUGUGUGUGUUCGUAGUAACUUCAGUUCGGGUUACAGGCUUUUCACCAAAUCUUCACUUCCCGUGGACAUGGAAAUAUUGACCCUCAACCCACUGGAAGUUUCUGAAGGAGGAAACGAUUUAAUAACAUCAAAACACAUCAAUAUCGUGCUAGACUAUCAAAAGUACGGAGUGAGAGAAUCCGGUGUUUUGUUUCAUAUAGUGGAUCCGCCUAAACACGGAACGUUAGAGAUAGAAAUAUGGAAUAAAAUAGCAGACAACAUCUUCACCCUAUUGGAUCUGUAUACUGAUAAAGUGCGGUACACACACGAUGGAUCCGAAAACCAUAGUGACGAGUUUGUCACAGAGCUAGAAUUCCGCGCUCGGAAUUACCGCUUACCCCCGUUCUUAGAAGAACGUCACAGAUUUGUAUUUCACAUUAAAGUGUCUCCUGUCAAUGAUCCUCCUCGGUUGAUACUCCCACCCAGUAAAGUGCUGAGGCUUGCCAAGCACACUAAGAUAGCCUUCACCUCGGACGUAUUACACACGGAAGAUCCUGAUAACGAGGCUAGUUCAUUGGUUUACUCAGUACUCAGUAUAAGGACUGACAAUGAAGGUUUUGUGGAAAAUGUACGAGACCCAGGAAAACCUGUGGACACUUUCACACAGGAGGAAAUAAACAACAAACAAAUUAACUACGUCCAUCGAGGGCCAGCGAACACUCGUAUUGCCCUGAGGGUAUCUGACGGGAUUGAAACAGGACAGACUAUGGUGCUCAGAGUAGCAACGUUUGACUUAAUGUUGUCACUAAUAAACAAUACGGGAAUCGUACUUCCUUACAAUUCUUACGCCAUUAUCAGCAAUAGCAACUUGACUUUCGCUACGAACUCUCCAGAUCAAGAUCUGGAGAUUCGUUACGAUGUAACAAGACUACCACAACACGGUAACAUUCAGAAGCGAAGAAACAACGGGCGUUGGCGACCAGUGAAUCACUUCACCCAGAGACACCUAAAUAAAGGUAAAGUUAGAUACGUACACACUUCGGGAAAACCUUCCCAAGACGAAUUUAAGUUUUCAGUGUCCUGCAUGGAUAUAAAAGUGUCCACGAUUUAUGACUUUCGCAUCAUCUUUAUUAAAGUGUCUCUGAUUGAAGUUAGUAAUGAGAAUUUAGUACUAAAUAAAAUAACGGAAGACAUCCUUACCUCGGACCAUUUAAAAUAUCAAACUUCGCCCGUUGAAACUCCCACGACUAAAAUACAUUAUACAAUCUUAACUCCUCCAUCUUAUGGCCACCUUUUUCUCACCAAACCUGGAGUAAAAGAACCCUGGAAGUUAGAGGUGGGUUCUGUCUUCACUCAAGAAGAUAUUGGAAACAAGUUCAUCAAGUAUAAAUUGCUUUGGAAAUCUUAUUCAGCUAUUAAUGACACCUUUCAUUUCAAAGUAGCCUCGACUGGAGUUGCUACCAAACCACAAGUUUUCUCUGUUAUCCACAUUCCAGUCGUCACUGGUGCCAUGAUCCAGGUUGAAAAGCUACAAGUUCUAGAAGGUGGGCAGGCAGAAGUUAACAAGGGUUACCUGUACGUAAAAACACCGACAACAGAAACCAUUAUUUACAACGUUACAGCUCAGCCACAACACGGUAUAUUAAGACUAAUGAACUCCGCCCUCACGGUUGUCGAAGAGGACAAUCCAAACUCGUUUUCAAACGAAGACUUAGAAGAAAAACGGUUGUUGUACAUCCACGAUGAUUCAGAACACGAUAAAGACAAGGUUCGAUUUACUGCAUUCGCUGAUAACUCUGAUGACGACUUUGUGUAUUAUGGAACUCUCCACAUCGGAGUGAUGAUGAAGAAUGAUAACCCACCCGUUCGCAGUAUAGAUAAGACAUUUUUCGUCAAAACUAACGGCGAGAGAAAGCUGACCUCCAAAGAUCUCAAGUACGAGGACUUAGAUAUUGAUUCCAAACCUACCAAUAUUCAGUACACUCGCAGAGGUAUUCCAAAUGGUGCCCUUUUCCAUACUGAUUCGCUUGAUACUCAGGUUUUCCAGUUCACGCAAGAUGACUUGGACAAGGAAAGACUAAUAUUCCGACAUAAUGGGCCAUCUUAUGGUAAAGCCGUGCUGUGGAUUACAGACGGACAGUUUUACGUCACGGGGAUAUUAGAAAUACAAGCAUCAGGUCCGUUCAUUAACGUUACAAAAAACACUGGUUUAAUAGUGCAGAGAGGCGACACCGGGCGUAUUACAACAAGGAACCUCAGCGUAGAAACUAACGUUGGCUCAAGCAUGAACGACCUCACUUUUAAAGUUGUUUCUCGGCCAAGUCACGGUGAACUUCUAAUUAACGGAAAUGUAGUUCACCAGUUCCGAUACAGAGAUUUAGAGCUAAGCCUACUCGAGUACGAAAAUGAUAACAGUCAGAGCUUUUCUGAUUCAUUCGAGUUCUUGGCGUUUGUGGAAGACGUCAGUGUAGAUGGAAUAUUCAGUAUUCAAGUCUUUCCCGAAAGCUUCUGGGAGUCACUCCAGGUGCUAAGCAACAAGACAAUCUACGUGGACGAGGGUAAGGCCGUUGUUAUAGACCCGGCGUCGCUGAACAUCGCUCACACUAACAUUAACCCAGCUAACAUAUCUUACAUCAUCACGAUAGAUCCCCAAAUGGGAUUUAUUCGUGUUAACGAAAACAAUACGUACCAUAACGUGAAAACAAGUGACAAGACGUCCAGACGAAGAUUCUCUCAGGCUAUGAUCAAUGAAGGGAUCGUCGAGUACGUACAGACGAAAAGUAACGUGUCCUUUGAUUAUUUCAUAUUUGAUGUUACAAAUGGAAUAACAACCAUGCCAGGUCUUCAGUUUACUAUCAGUAUUAUAUCCAAUGUGAUUCUUCUUCUGACUGGGAACAUUACCGUUGUCGAGGGCGGAGAAACUUCUCUGACGCCCGAAGAAGUGAAUGUAGCCAACCCUUAUUAUAACGACUGGGUAUCCGAAUACUUAGUGAUAGAAGAACCCAAACACGGCUACCUUACAAACAGUAAACUCCCCGGUAGCAAGUUACUCAAGUUCACACCGUUCCAGUUAAAAAGCGGACUGAUACAUUACAACCACGACGGGACGGAGACAACAAGAGAUUGGUUUACUGUGGUUGCCGGGGCUGCAACCUUACACAAGGAGAGUGCCCCCAGCAGUAUUCACGUCACGAUAACCCCCGUAAAUGACGAGACUCCACAUCUAAUCAACAAUACUGGAUUGGAAGUUUGGGAGGGUUCCUUAGCAACCAUCACUAAUAACCAUCUUGCGGCUGGGGACGACGACUCUGGGCCCAAUGACAUCGUCUUUGACAUUUCCGCUCUGAGUAAUGGUUAUGUGGCCUUGAAGAAUGAAACCAAGACUCCGAUUGAAUCCUUCUCUCAAGAUGACAUCAACAGAGGAUUGGUUAUUUUCGUCCACACGGGUAUGUACUAUUCAGUAUUGGUAGUUAGUAUUCAGUAUUG